CAGAGAAAAUAAAGAAAGAAACGAUGUUGUCUAAAUUUUUUACUAAAAAUGUAACUAGAAAUGCUUUCUGGACGAAUAAGCUAAAUUUCCAAUCGCCGAAGAUAAAAAAUGCAAUUGAAUCGUUCCCAAAUUAUUUACCAAGAAUUGUAGAAACAACUUUGAUUGAAAAAAAAUAUGCCGACAUUAAGUUAUUAAAGGAACGUGUUAUAAAUAUAGCAGAGCAUGAAACUCUGGCCAGAGAGCCUAUACAAGGUAACCUAACUAUAUUUGCUUUCGACGCACUGACAGAUUCAACAGAUUUAAAUGAAAAGAAGUUACAUCAAAUACAAGUUUUAGCUUGGGGUGUAGAGUUACUACAAACCUACUACAAUAUUGGUGACGACAUAGAAGACAACGCUAAGACCCGGUCAGGCAAACUUUGCUGGCACCAGUUGCCCGGCGUAGGGCUCAUGGCAAUCAACGACGCAGAUCUAAUACGUAGCUUUAUUUACGAAAUGGUAAAGAACAAUAUAGAGGAGCCAAUUUCAUAUACAGUGCAAAAUUAUUUUAAUGAGACAUAUUUUGCUUUGAAUAUCGGCCAACUAAUGGACAUAUCUUUGACUAGAUCAAACGAUUAUGAACAAUUUACAAUUGAAUAUUACAAUUUAUUGAAUUAUUUCAAAUCUGCUUUCUACACCGUGAAGUUACCAAUUUUACUGGCUUUUUCUCUAUGUAACCUGAAGAGUACAAAAGCGUAUAUGCACGCCGAUAAAGUAUGCUCUGAUUUAGGCAUACUUCUACAAAUGCAGAACGAUUUAAUGGACUACGUUGACAGUAAGUAUGUCUCACUUAAGACAAGUUCGGACAUCCAAAAUAGAAAAUGUUCGUGGCCUGCGGUGGCUUUCUUAGAAAAUUGCAACAACUCCCAACGGAAAGAAUUCGAAUCGUGCUACGGACAAUCUGAACCUGAUAAAGUGGAGCGAGUAAGAAGACUUUACAAAGAAAUAGACAUUAUAAAAAUAUAUCGUAAACACGAACAGAAAAGAUACGAAUCGAUGAUGGAACAAAUUGAACAAUUGCCUGUCGACUCUACACCUUCUAAAGAGUUCUUUCUCAAAAUCCUAAACGUUCUUCGUCAUUAUACUGAAGAUAUAUCACCUUCAAAAUGUUAA